UGAACGAUGAAUUUUAACGAGAGGGAAAAAGAGGAGAGGAAAAUGAGAGAGCGAGGGAGAUAGAGAGAAAUAGGGAGAGAGAGAGAGAGAGAGAGAGAACGAGGGGGAGGUAUAGGAGAGCUGUCGGACCUUCCUACCUGCCGCUGCUGUAGAGGAGGUGUUUUAACAUGACAGCCUUGCGUCAGAGGAAGGGCAGCAAGGGGAAGGAGCCCCCUCUCGGUGCAGAGUUUCAGUCCCAGCAGUCCAACUGUUGCACUGAUCAUCAUCCAGAAAAGAUCUUGCAUGGUGAUUGGUCAUGGGGGGCAAUAAUCUGGACAUCAGUUGGUUGGUCUGUGUCUGUUGGUCUUGGCUUGCUGUGCUGUAUCUACAUGGCCACGCUACAUGAGAACGACCUGUGGUUCUCCAACAUAAAGGAAGUGGAGCGGGAGAUCUCCUUUCGGACAGAGUGUGGACUGUACUAUUCCUACUACAAGCAAAUGUUGCAGGCCCCGUCCAUACAGGAAGGGCUCUCCGAUUUGAUCCAUGACAACUUGACAGAAUCCAAGAGGACCAUUAAUCUCCUACAGCGAAUGAAUAUCUACCAAGAGGUCUUUCUCAGCGUUCUCUACAGAUUGCUGCCCAUACAGUUGUAUUUGGAGCCAGUGUAUUUCUACAUUUACACGGUGUUCUCGCUCCAAGCGGUGUAUGUGAUCGCUCUGUACCUCACAGCGUGGCUCCUGUCGGGUUCCUGGCUGGCCGGUACGCUCGCCGGGGUCUGGUACAUCCUCAACAGGGUGGAUACCACUCGUGUGGAGUUCACCAUCUCCCUCAGAGAGAACUGGUCUCUGCCCUUCUUAGCGCUGCAGGUCACCGCUGUCACCUGUUACCUCCGGCCUCAGCUCACCGCCUUACAGCAGAAGGUGAUGGUGUGGUUGAUGUACAUGACAACUUUGUGUUUCUGUCUGACGUGGCAGUUCAACCAGUUCAUCCUGCUCGUUCAGGCUCUCAUCAUAUACGCCCUGGACUGUGUCGACUUCUUAACAACUACACAGGUGACCACUUUGUACCUUGUUCAAGUGAGCAGUCUGCUGAGUGUGUGGCUCCUCCAGUUCUGUAACUCCAUGAUACUGGGAUCGCUGGUUCUGAGCUUCAUCGUAGCCGCACUCUUCAUCAAACACUGCCAGUCUGGUCUGAAGACAGGAAGCCUGCUGGUUCGUCUGGGCAAACUGCUUCUCCACAGCGCCCUGGUUCUCCUUCUCACCGUCACCAUCAACUACCUGGCCAAGAAAGCACUACAGCUCAGAUCAGACGAACACAUCUUUAAAUUCAUCAAGUCAAAGUUUGCCUUGGGCCCGACAAGGGAUUUCGAUGCCAAUCUGUAUCUGUGUGAGGAGGCCUUUGGCCUGCUGCCCCUGGACACCCUGGAGCGCCUGGCUGGGACCCUGCUGCUGUACCCCUACAUCCUCACACUGCUGCUGCUCAGCGGCGUGUUUGCACUGGCUGCACUGCACAACCUGAGCCGACCUAAAGGGGGAGGAUCGGCCGAGGAGAAGAAAGGAGCCGCAGACGGGCGAGUGGUGGCUCUUCGUCCAGAUGUGGCCUACAAUCUGUUGCAUACACUGUUCUACGGCCUCCUGGCUUUCAGCACCAUGAGGAUGAAGUAUAUAUGGACCGGCCAUAUGUGUGCAGUCGCGGCCUACGGUGUGUGUGGGAAGGAGUUGUGGACUAUGCUUCUCAGCACUCUCAACUGCAAUAGUAAAGUUCUGUUGAGGCUUGUCAGACAUGCAGUCCCACUGUUGAUGAUCGGUUGCCUGUAUUAUAAGUUCUGGCCUAAACUGAUGGAGGAGCUAUCAGAACUGAGGGAGUUUUACGAUCCAGACACUGUGGAGCUCAUGACCUGGAUUAGCACAAAGACCCCUAAGCGGGCUGUGUUUGCAGGCAGCAUGCAGCUGCUGGCUGGCAUCAAGCUGUGCACAGGCAGAGUUCUCACCAACCACCCCCAUUAUGAAGAUAAAGACCUGCGGGAGAGGACCAAACAGGUGUAUCAGGUGUAUGCUCGCCAGUCCCCGGAGGAAGUCUAUGACAUCCUGAGAGCCGUGGGGGCCGACUACGUGGUGCUGGAAAACAGCAUCUGUUACGAGCGGAGGCACAGGCGAGGCUGCAGACUGCGGGACCUGCUCGACCUGGCCAACGGACAUAUCAUGGACGGCCCGGGAGAGAAUGACCCAGACCUUGUCCCUGCCUCGCACCCUCGCUUUUGCGAGGCCGUCAAGACGGACACGGCGGUGUACAGCGCUCUGUUCACCAGAACAUUCCAGAACAAAACCUUCCAUGUGUACCGGGUCAAGAAGAAACGCAAGAAAAGCGGCAAGAGCACGUCAGAGCCCAGCGCGACUCAGUAGCAGCCCCUCCGCCCCCCCCAGACGGAGGAGAAGAAGAGAUGAAAACACUGAAUCCUCGCUGUUUCUCUGUCUCCUUCCUGCACUGUGCCCAGCUGUGAUCAUGCCCAUUAUUUUUUGAACACGUGGCUCUGUGAACUGUGCCGUUAGAGCAGUGUGCCGGUUC